CUGAGGAACCUAAUUGCUCUCUACAGUAAGAAAUUCAGUAAUAAGAAAGAACAGAAUCACAGAGGAAAAGGUUUUUAAUGGAUACGCAGCAAAACCAUACGAGAACAAAUUAUCGUCUUUUAUUAUUAAGUCCAAAUAGAAUUACCGCACACAAAUUCAGCCUCAUCAUUCACCAGUUAUCUUAGCCUAGUCUCAAAGCCCUAACUUUUGUUCCGUUUUCAUACAUAAUUUUUUUUUUUCAUCGUUUCAACAAUGAAGAUACUUCGCAGGGAUGUCACCUUAAAUGGUCCUGGAAGUGUUAAGAUGACUCCAGAGGAAGCAGAUGAUUUGUGGACUGCUUACAAUUUGGUUGCUAAGGGAGACACUGUUUUAUCUACUACAGUCAGGAAAGUUAUAAGAGAUAACGCCACUGGGGGAAGGGAUUCUGAGCGUAUGAAGCUCAAGCUGGAAAUUAGAGUUGAGACUGUGGAUUAUGACAAAGAAGGGUCAGUCCUGCGCAUACGUGGAAAGAAUAUAUUGGAGAACGAACAUGUGAAGAUUGGGUCCUACCAUACUCUAGAAAUCGAGCUUCAUCGACCUUUUGUCGUAAGAAAGGUUGUAUGGGACUCAAUGGCAGUAGAUAUACUCAAGCAAGCCUCUGAUCCUGGUGCAAGUGCCGACCUAGCCGUGGCUUUGAUGCAAGAAGGAUUAGCACACAUAUGCCUUAUAGGCAGAAGUGUGACAACAACUCCUUCACGGAUAGAAGCUUCUAUACCCCGCAAGCAUGGUCCAGCUAUUGCUGGUUAUGAGACGGCUUUGAAUAAGUUCUUCGAGAAUGUUUUACAGAGUUUCCUUAAGAAUGUCGAUUUUAAUGUUGUUCGGUGUGCUGUUAUUGCAAGUCCUGGUUUCACCAAGGAUCAAUUCCAUAAAUACUUGCUUUUGGAGGCUGAAAGAAGACAGUUAAGGCCAAUCAUUGAAAAUAAAUCGCGUAUACUUCUUGUGCACACGACCUCCGGAUUCAAGCAUAGUUUAAAGGAGGUUCUUGAUGCCCCAAAUGUCAUGAAUAUGAUUAAGGAUACAAAAGCAGCACAAGAGGUUCGUGCUCUCAAGGAAUUCUUCAACAUGCUAUCAAAUGAUCCGGAUCGAGCUUGCUAUGGUCCGAAGCAUGUUGAGGUUGCGCACGAACGUAUGGCUGUUCAGACUCUUCUAAUUACUGAUGAUCUUUUCAGAAAUUCGAAUACAGCGACAAGGCAACAAUAUGUGGAAUUGGUAAAUUCGGUGAAGGAUUCAGGAGGCAAUGCUUUCAUAUUCUCUUCAAUGCACGUGUCUGGAGAGCAAUUAGCACAAUUGACGGGGAUUGCGGCUAUUCUACGUUUUCCUCUACCAGACCUGGAAGACAUUGAGAUGUGAUGAUGUUACCAAAGAUUGUUGCAAAAUAAAGUUCUAUUCCCCCUCCUCUCUCAUAAGCUGUAACAUGUAUGUACGAUAUAUUUUCUUUAAUUUCUCGCAGUCUCCUUUUAGUGUAAUUUUAUUUUUAUCUUUUUAGUAAUUUUUUUAUUAUAAGCUGGAGCAGUUAAGGUUUCCUUGUAAUAUUACCAUUUUGAUAGUGUUGAAUUGGGUGUUGAUCUACAAUGCACUGAUGUCAUGAUCAAAUGGCAACUGCUGGGAGUGGAUAAUGAUAGUAAUGAAAUACAAGUUUAUCAUUAUUGAAA